CCGUCACUGUGCCAAAAAAGCCAUCGCGCCGCCGGCCCAUCUCGAGCGCCGCGCGCCCCGGGCAGAUUGCCACCAUGUCUGUGUCGCACAGUUCCAAGCUAAACAAGGGGGUCAGAGACCAGUACAUGAAGCUACCCCAAGGGAAAAAGGUGAUGGCCACCUAUGUUUGGAUCGAUGGAAGCGGAGAAGGCCUUCGCUGUAAAGCCAGAACCUUGAACCAGGAACCAAAGAGCAUUGAAGAUCUCCCCGAAUGGAACUUUGAUGGCUCCAGCACGGCACAAGCUGAAGGGUCCAACAGCGAUAUGUUCUUGAUACCCGUUAAGCUAUUCAGGGAUCCUUUUUGCCUCGACCCAAAUAAGCUCGUGUUGUGUGAGGUUCUGAAAUACAACCGGAAACGGGCUGAGACCAAUUUGAGGAACAACUGUAAUAAAGUAAUGGACAUGGUCAAAGACAGCCAUCCUUGGUUUGGAAUGGAGCAAGAAUACACUUUGCUGGGCAUUGAUGGGCACCCGUACGGCUGGCCGGAAAACGGGUUUCCAGGCCCACAAGGGCCCUAUUAUUGUGGGGUUGGGGCGAACAAAGUCUACGGGCGUGACAUCGUCGAAGCCCACUACAAGGCCUGCCUUUACGCCGGGGUGGAGAUCUGUGGCACCAAUGCUGAGGUCAUGCCUUCUCAGUGGGAAUUCCAGGUGGGACCGUGUGAAGGGAUUGAGAUGGGGGAUCACCUGUGGAUGGCGAGAUUCAUUUUGCACCGGGUCUGUGAAGAUUUCGGGGUCGUGGCCACCCUGGAUCCCAAGCCAAUGACGGGCAACUGGAACGGCGCUGGAUGCCACACCAACGUCAGCACCAAAGAAAUGAGGGAGCAGGGGGGAAUCAAGUUCAUUGAAGCAGCGAUAGACAAGCUGAGCAAACGGCACCAAUACCACAUCCGUAUGUACGACCCUCGCGGCGGGCAGGACAAUUCCCGACGGCUGACGGGCCAACAUGAGACCUCCAACAUCUUCGAGUUCUCCGCGGGGGUCGCCAACCGGGGGGCCAGCAUCCGAAUCCCCCGCCAAGUGGGGCAAGACGGCUGCGGCUACUUCGAGGACCGCCGGCCCUCUGCCAACUGCGACCCGUACGCCGUCACGGAGGCCAUUGUGAGAACCGUCCUCCUCAACGAAACGGGUAACGAAACCAAAGAGUACUCGGAUGAAACGCGGCUGCAGAGGGCGGUACUCACAGACUAAAGCGUCCGUGGCUCUUAAAAUGUGGUCUCUGCCAAUUAGUAAACAUCCAUCUUCCGUAGCCUCCCUUCUGGUAUUGUCACCUGUUGACUCAGAAACCAUCUUUCUGUAUUUUUAAGGAGUGGAAAUUAUUUUUCCUAGCAGAGUUUUAUGGGUUCCUGGGUUGCUUUUUUUUCCCUUUUCUUUUUUUUUUAAAAAAAGGAUCAUAAUGUGGGGUUUACAGAAAUGGGGUUUAUUUUUUCAAAUUGAUUUUAUACUGUGGCCGGAGGGUGUAUAGGAGAGCAAAUCUUGUAUGAAGGGAGCGUAAAUUCUGCUUAAGAAUGACUACUCCAACCACCCCAGCUCUAUUUGCGAGGAAACAAUAAAACCUAGGUUCUUGACUGCUUGUUCGCCAAUGUUGAUUAAAUCGCUUCCAUUUCUGUCUGUACCCAUCCUUGAACCAGAACAUCGGGUCUGACUA